AUGGCAAACGAGACAGAUAUAUCACAUCCAGCGAAAUUAGAUCUUCUUUCCAUCCGACUUUGGAUUGGAAAGCGACUUUAUGGACGAGUGGGAAGAUUAGGUGUCAGAAUUAGCCCUCGCAAAAUCAUUAAAGGGCCAUGCGAAAUAACAGAGCUUGCAGCCUUGAACUAUGUCGCCGAGCACACAUCUAUACCUGUCCCUAAAAUCCUGAAUGUCUAUCAUCACCGCGAUGGGCUCUAUAUUAAACUGACCUAUGUCAGUGGAAUGGACCUCCAGGCAGCUUGGCUCGGCGGCCAUCUCUCACAAGAUCAGAAGAAACACAUCAUUGCCGAGGUUAUAGGCUAUGUCAACCAGUUUCGGAGCUUGGAUCCACCGUGUAAAGGAAUUGUUGGUUCAGCGGAUCUUCAAGUAUGUCUGGACCAUCGUGUUAGACCGUUAACUUUCGGUCCUUUCAAUGAACAUGAAGCGUUCCACUCUUUCCUUCGAAGGCAUAUUAUUCUUGAAAACUGCACGAAAACAUUUGGCGAAGAAGUCACUGAUUGUCACUCCCGGCAUUAUCGAAGUUGUUUUACUCACGCUGACCUCUGCCCUCGCAAUAUUAUUGUGGACAAGGGCAAAGUUUCCGCAAUCAUUGAUUGGGAAUUCGGUGGCUGGUAUCCAGAAUAUUGGGAGUAUACCAAAGCACACUUCGGUCAGAUUGAGAUGCCAGAAUGGUACGAGGGAUUGGAAUUCGCUAUGGCGAGGUACGAUGUUGAGAUGAGAGCUGAACGAGCUCUCUGGAAACAAUGUGAUCAACCAGGGAUGCCACUUUGA